AUGGCUUGCACUCAGAACUGGUGUACAAGUCGGCACCGCCGCACCGGAGUAGGAAACUGGCAGUGCAGUUUCGUAGCUGCCACCACCACCACAAGCGCAUCGCGCCACUGCUCUGUUCCGCCAUCCGCGGUUCUGCCGUCCGCCUUUUCUCGCCGUGACCCAGCUCUGUUCUUCUCCGUUCUCUGGGUACCCUCAAGGCGCCGUCCGCCUUUUCUCGCUGUGACCCAGCUCUGUUCUUCUCCGUUCUCUGGGUACCCUCAAGCUAACAUUGUACUAGGAUCUGGAUCACUUAUCGGGCGUAUUCUAUCUUUACCUUCUACUGCUCUAAAUGUGCCAAAUAAUAGGAUGCAUCCUCUUUCUCUUAGCUCUCUGCAGGAAGAAAUACUAAGAAAUUUGAGGCACCGGCUUGAAGUGCCCUUUGAUGGUUCCAAAACAGAGCACCAAGUAUGUGGUUAAGGCAAGUUUUGUAAUUUUCAAAUCAAUAUUCUGAAAUUCGCUACUAUACCCUACAUUCUAUCAUAUCCAAUUUUUUCUCUUGGUCUGAUCCAAUCUUCACUUUUAUGCUACUGCUCAAGUUUGCUUUGCAUGGCUUACUUAAUAAACAGUCUUAAUGUUGUUGAUCUGCAAUGUGGUGACAAUAACUACUUGACGUGCAAAUUUAUGUUAAUAAGAAAAUGUUUAGGGAGAAAUAGAAAUAUUUUAAAUUGAGUUGCCUUAUUGGAUUAACCAAUAGGUUGCAAAGAAAAUUACUAUCCGUUUCUUUGUUGCAUGUCUAUAUUAGUACAUUGAUACCUAGUGCACAUUAUUUUUAAAAGUGGA